AUGCUCGUCCUCCUUGUCCUCGUCUCUCUCAGAUCCCCUCUGGUCUGUUCUCUGCUUUCCCUCACAAAAAGCGGGUGCUGGGGGACCGGCCGCUGUCCCCCUCUGCCUUCGGGCGGCAGGCCAGGACCAGGAUCUAGGCUCAACCAGGGAUGCAGGGAUGGUCUGGACCCUGUGGGCUGCGGUGCACCCUGUUUAAUGCAGCAGGUCUGUAACAAGAACGAGGAGAGAGCCUGCCGAGUAGCCGAUCUCGAGCGCUAUGUUCUGGCGAUCUUCGUUUCUUUGCAUAGAGUUGAUAGGCCCGCGGGCCUUGCGGCUCUGGUUCUUGUCUGCAUUCUUUUCGGUACCCGGUUUGCUCGGCCCCCUUCAUCACCCAUCAUCGGUGAAAAUGCAAAAGUGAGAUGCGACAUGGAGGGCCACCUCGAGCACAACUCCAUCACCGUGAGAAACUCGGGUUCCAAAUCUUUCUCUCCUGUAUCCCGAUUUAGGAUCGAACGAACGAGGUUGGCAAGUUGGAGCCAAGGUGGACGCGGGGUGAGCUGGAUCGUCUGCACUACCACCUCGCCCAAACCCAAAAGGCGCGUUAGUUGGCGGGUUGGCAGACAGGCAGGUUUGGUGAAGUCCCCUGGAUUUUCCCUUCCGUUGCAGCUUGCCCAUGUAUUUCGGGGGCUCUUGCAGACCGCAGGCGCAGGGCACCCACCCGACGUUUACCAGGGAUGGCAAGUGUUUGUACGGGCAGCGCAAGGGGCUGCGGGAUUCGAGGAACGCGAGAGGAAGAUGGAUAAGGAGGAGAGACAGACUUCAUCGCGAGAAUGA